AUGACUGAAUCCCAACUACCUUCUCAAAUUCCCUUUGGCCGCUACGUGUUUGAGCGUAUCAAGCAAGUCGGAGUGAACACCAUCUUCGGUGUUCCUGGUGACUUCAACCUGUCUCUGCUCGACCACGUCUACACAGUGGACGGCCUGAGAUGGGCCGGUAACGCCAACGAGCUCAAUGCGGGCUACUCUGCCGAUGGUUACUCGCGCAUCAACGGCAUGUCCUGUCUGGUGACCACCUUUGGUGUCGGAGACUUAUCGGCGGUCAACGCCGUUGCCGGUAUGAUGGCCGAGCACGUUGGAUGUCUGCACAUUGUCGGCACGCCUUCGCUGUCGAGUAUCUCGAACAGACUGUUGUUGCACCACACGCUGGGUAACGGCCGUUUUGACAUUUUCGAGGAGAUGUCUAAGCACAUCACCCAGAAGACCGCCAGCAUCGAUGAUAUUAGAACCGCACAGGCCGUCUUGGACGACCUGAUCGAGACCGCCUACACCACCAAGAGACCGGUGUAUUUGGGGCUGCCUUCGAACUUUGUGGACCAGCUGGUCGACGCCGAGCGGCUGAAGACGCCAUUGAAGCUGACGCUGCCUCCUAAUAACAAGCUUGCCGAGGACGAGAUUGUCGAGGGCAUCUUCAACAAGAUUAUUGAGGCCAAGGACCCAAUUCUGCUCGUGGACGCUUGUGCCUCGAGACACGACGUGCAGGACCUUGUGGCGCAAUUCGCCGAGGCCACGAAAUUCCCCGUCUACACAACGCCUAUGGGCAAGUCGGCCUUCAGCGAGGACCAUUCCAGAUUUGGCGGUGUCUACAUCGGAGUCCUGUCGAACCCGGACGUGAAGGAGGCUGUCGAGUCGUCUGACCUGAUUUUGAGUGUCGGCGGCCUGCUGUCGGACUUCAACACCGGCUCGUUCUCGUACAACUACCACACCACCAACGUGAUCGAGUUCCACUCGGACUUCUGCAAAGUCCGCGCCGCCACGUACGCGGACGUCAAGAUGAAGUACGUGCUCGAGAGACUGUGCCGCAAGAUCAAGGACGCCAAACUGGACUACGUGCCAAAGCCGCUGCCAGAGUCGGUCAACGACUACAAGCAGGUGGCCAACAUCAAGUCGGGCAAGCUGACGCAGGACUACCUGUGGAAGAAACUGUCCUUCUUCCUGCGCUCCGGCGACGUUCUGGUCACCGAGACAGGCACGUCCUCGUUCGGUGUGACACAGACGCAUUUCCCAGGCAACAUCACGGCCAUCUCCCAGGUGCUGUGGGGCUCGAUCGGCUACUCGCUUCCUUCUGCCACCGGCGCGCAGUUCGCGCUCGAGGAGAUCGACCCUAGCCGCAGAUGCAUUCUGUUCAUUGGUGACGGCUCUCUGCAGCUGACCGUCCAGUCCAUCUCCGACAUCUGCCGCUGGAACCUCAAGCCAUACCUGUUUGUGCUCAACAACAACGGGUACACGAUCGAGAAGCUGAUCCACGGUCCUCAGGCACAGUACAACAUGAUCCAGAAAUGGGACCACUUCAAGAUCUUGGAGCUGUUCCACGACAAGGUCGACUACGAGAACCACCGCGUGUCGACGAUCGAGGAGCUGAACGCGCUGUUUGCCGACAAGGCGUUCAACAAGAACGACAAGGUCAGACUGAUCGAGAUCAUGCUCGACGAGAUGGACGCCCCAGAGAACCUGGUCAAGCAGGCCAAGAUCUCGGAGCAGAUCAAUGCUGCCUAA